AUGGCAAAGGCUUUUAGAGAAUUGAUUGGUGUUGGCCCGUCUACGGCUUCCACGAAGGAUAGUGUGCUCGUCAUUAUCGACGCGCAGAAUGAAUACGAAACCGGCCACCUCAAAACCGAAAACGUCGCCUCAACACGCAAAGCCAUCUCCGCACUCCUCGAUAAGUACCGUGCCGCCAACGCACCCCUCGUACACAUCGUCCACCACACCCCCGCCGGCGCCCCAGUCUUCACACCCGACACGGAUCUCGCCCAAGAAUUCGCUGAGCUUGAGCCCAAGGGCGGCGAGAAGGUUAUCAGCAAGCAGCAGCCUGGGUCAUUCACUGGCACGGAUCUUGAGGAGUACUUAAAGAGUACCGGGAAGAACAAGUUGGUGUUGACGGGGUAUAUGGCGCAUGUUUGUGUGAGUACUACGGCGAGACAGGCUGCUGAGAGGGGGUAUGAUGUUCUUGUUGCGGAGGAUGCGGUGGGGGAUAGGAAUAUCCCUGGGGUGCAGGCGGAGGAGCUGGUGAGGGUUGCGUUGGCAGAGUUGGCGGAUGCUUUUGGGACUGUGGUGAAGUCUUCUAGCAUCAACUAG